UGAGCGGGGGGGAUCCCCCCCAGCGGCCCCCAUCUCCCUCUCCCGAUGCUGGCGUCGCUGGUGCACGCCCGUUGCGCUGAGCCGCCCCUGUCCCCGCCGCCCCGCAUGGCGCUGCAGCCCGAGGAGCUGGACCUGAGCUUCCUGACGGAGGAGGAGCGCAGCUGCAUCGCCCGCGUCCUGCAGCGGGACUGGCAGCUCCGCCGGCGGGAGGAGGGCCGCGUCAGCAAACUCCGCAAGUCGGUGUCGGACCCGGCGCGGCUGCGGAGCCUCACCGGGGACUGGUUCAGCGAUGCCCGCGCCCAGCGCCACCAGCACCCGCUGGGCUCCGACCUGGUCCGGGCCUCCAUCCGCCGCAGGAGGCGGCCCCGGGGAACGGAGGAGCUGGAGCGCGGCCCCAGCCUGGAGGCCAUCGAUGAGCCGCUGGCAGAGGAGAGGGAGGAUGAGGAUGGUGCCUUGGAGACAGACGAGAGUUCCCCCCCCGAGGAGGUGCAGGAGGCCACGGAGCCCCAGCCCAGCCCCCCCGGCCCGGCUGUGGAGGGGACCCCGGGGUCACAGCCCGUGCUGCAGGGUGACAUCCCCGCGAGGGAGCCGGACAGCCCAGGUGACACGGGGGGUCCCUCCCUGGGCUCGAGCAGCACCGAGGAGGAGGAGGAGGAGCCGGACUCGGCACAGAGCAGCCACAGCGCUGGGCAGAGACCAGAGACCCCCCAGAGGGAUCAGACACCCCCAGACCCACUGCACCCACAGAACGGCCUCACGCCCCCGAGGCUGCUGAGCACCAGCUCGUCCGUGUCCAGCCUCAGCUCCUCCACGCUGAGCGGGAGCCUGAUGAGCCUGUACAGCGAGGGGGAGCUGGGCCGGGUGCCCGUGCGGGGCUGCGUGCAGUUCUCCCUGCGCUACCAGGCGGCCGAGAAGGAGCUGCAGGUGCACGUCCUGCGCUGCCGCCAGCUGGCCGAGGCCAAGAAGCAGCGCUCGGACCCGUACAUCAAGACCUACCUGCUGCCCGACAAGUCCAACCGCAGCAAGCGCAAAACCGCCGUGAGGAAGAGGAGCUUGGACCCCGUCUUCAACGAGACCCUCAAGUACAAGCUGGAGAAGAGGGACCUGCAGGGCCGGACCCUGAACCUGUCCGUGUGGCACCACGACAGCCUGGGCAGGAACCUCUUCCUGGGCGAGGUGGAGGUGGCGCUGGGCACCUGGGACUGGGCCAACACGCGGCCCGAGUGGUUCAGCCUGCAGCCACGGAUGCCCAUCCCCUCGGACGGGCUGCCCAGCCGUGGCAGCCUCAACCUGGCACUCAAGUUCAUCCCCGCUGGCUCCGAAGGAGCAGGGAUGCCGCCCACAGGCGAGCUGCACAUCUGGGUGAAGGAUGCUCAGGGCCUCAUCCCACUGCAGAGCGGCACCGUGGACGCCUUCGUGCAGUGCUACGUGCUGCCCGACGACAGCAAGGCCAGCCGGCAGAAGACGCGGGUGGUGAAGCGCAGCCUGAACCCCCUCUUCAACCACACCAUGGUGUACGACGGCUUCCAGGCCAGGGACCUGGCCGAGGCCUGCGCCGAGUUCACCCUCUGGCACCACGAGGCCUUCUCCAAACGGCAGCUGGGCGGCAUCCGCCUCAGCCUGGGCACCGGCAGCAGCUACGGGCUGCCCGUGGGCUGGAUGGACUCCACGGCCGAGGAGCAGAGCGUGUGGCAGCAGCUGCUGCAGCAGCCGGGGCGCUGGGUGGAGGCGCUGCUGCCCCUGCGCACCGACCUGGUGCCCCGGGGGUAGCCCCCAGACCCACGGAGCGGCCGGGCCAUGGGACUGUGGGGUCUGGGCGGGCUGGGGUCUGUGCCCUCCCUCAGCAGCAACGAAGGGGCACCAGAGGGCACAGCUGGCGGCU